CUCCUGCCAGUUUUCUGUUAACCCCAUGGCGCGCACUAAGCAGACGGCUCGCAAGUCCACCGGCGGCAAAGCGCCGCGCAAGCAGCUCGCCACCAAGGCAGCCCGCAAGAGCGCUCCGGCCACCGGCGGCGUGAAGAAGCCGCACCGCUACCGGCCCGGCACGGUGGCUCUGCGAGAGAUCCGCCGCUACCAGAAGUCCACCGAGCUGCUGAUCCGCAAGCUGCCGUUCCAGCGGCUGGUGCGCGAGAUCGCGCAGGACUUCAAGACCGACCUGCGCUUCCAGAGCUCGGCCGUGAUGGCGCUGCAGGAGGCGUGCGAGGCCUACCUUGUGGGGCUCUUCGAGGACACCAACCUGUGUGCCAUCCACGCCAAGCGCGUCACUAUCAUGCCCAAGGACAUUCAGCUCGCCCGCCGCAUCCGCGGGGAGAGGGCGUUACGAAUGAGCCCCUCCCCCUUCCCCGCCUUUUACGGGGUUUUCAAAGAGGUCCGCGACCGUGGAAAAGGCCUUGGGAAAGGAGGCGCGAAGCGUCACCGUAAGGUUCUGCGGGAUAACAUUCAAGGUAUUACUAAGCCCGCCAUCCGCCGCUUGGCUCGUCGCGGUGGGGUCAAGCGCAUCUCUGGCCUUAUUUACGAGGAAACUCGCGGGGUGCUGAAAGUGUUCUUGGAAAACGUGAUACGGGACGCGGUCACCUACACCGAACACGCCAAGCGAAAGACGGUCACGGCCAUGGACGUCGUAUUCUGGUCCUUUAUAAAUACAGGAGCACCCCCUCCUAGUUUAAUCCCAUUGUCUUUCACGCUAGCUAUGGCGCGGACUAAGCAGACGGCUCGCAAGUCCACCGGCGGCAAAGCGCCGCGCAAACAGCUCGCUACGAAGGCCGCCCGUAAGAGCGCGCCGGCCACCGGCGGCGUGAAGAAGCCGCACCGCUACCGGCCCGGCACGGUGGCUCUGCGAGAGAUCCGCCGCUACCAGAAGUCCACCGAGCUGCUGAUCCGCAAGCUGCCGUUCCAGCGGCUGGUGCGCGAGAUCGCGCAGGACUUCAAGACCGACCUGCGCUUCCAGAGCUCGGCCGUGAUGGCGCUGCAGGAGGCGUGCGAGGCCUACCUUGUGGGGCUCUUCGAGGACACCAACCUGUGUGCCAUCCACGCCAAGCGCGUCACCAUCAUGCCCAAGGACAUCCAGCUCGCCCGCCGCAUCCGGGGAGAGAGAGCAUAAAUUGGCUUAAUUGUCGAGUGAUAACAAGUUAAACCCAAAGGCUCUUUUCAGAGCCAACCACUUUGUCUAUGAAAGGUGCUGUAAUACGUUAGUAGAACACAAGUUCGGCAGAGUCUGAAGAAACCUAUGUAUGCAGCUGCUUAGGAAGCCCUACGUUCUUUGUAAGUUUUCAAUAUAGCAACUACCUCCGCGACUU